GUCGACGAUUGAAGAUUGAAUAUUGAAGAUCGGCCAACAAGCCUCUGACCGGAAUCUACGCCGUUGCGCUUUCCUAGCCUUUGUAGCCAACAUGAAGCAGAGGUUCUCUUCCUUGGAUGUCAAGGUAAUCGCCCAUGAGCUAUCCCAAUCGUUGGUUACGCUGCGUCUUUCCAAUGUCUAUGAUCUUAGCUCCAAGAUCCUUCUUCUCAAGUUCGCCAAGCCGGACAACAAGAAGCAGCUCCUCAUAGACUCGGGUUUCCGAUGCCACCUUACCGAAUUCGCCCGAACCACUGCUGCCGCCCCGAGCCCCUUUGUUGCGCGCCUGCGAAAGUUCCUCAAGACCAGAAGAGUCACCAGCGUCGCUCAGAUCGGUACCGACCGUAUCAUCGAGUUCCAGUUCGGCGAUGGCCAAUACCGGCUGUAUCUCGAGUUCUUUGCCAGCGGGAAUAUCAUCCUAACGGAUAGCAAGCUCGUUAUACUGGCGCUGUUGCGGAAUGUCCCAGAAGGAGAGGGGCAAGAGCCCCAGAGGGCUGGUUCGACGUACACUCUGGAGAAUAGGCUGAACUUUGCUGGCAUUCCGCCAUUGACAAAGGGGAGGUUGAGGGAUGCCCUCAAGACCACAGUCGAGAAGGCCGCGGCGGCGCCUCAACCUGCCGGCAAGCCCACCAAGAGGAAGGGCGAGGAUCUCAGAAGAGGUCUUGCGACUACCAUAACGGAGUUGCCGCCAAUGCUAGUCGAUCACGCGUUCAGGCUUACGGACUUCGAUCCCACUACGAAGCCCACCCAAAUCCUGGAGAGUGAGACCCUACUCGACGCUCUGUUCCAGUCGUUAGAGAAGGCUAGAAGUAUAGUCGAGGCUAUUACCAGUUCCCCGACUACCAAAGGCUAUAUCAUUGCGAAGUCAAAACCGAAUGCUGCAGCAUCGCUGGCGUCGGGGGACACAUCUGGAGAUAGGCCGCCCGACUUGUUGCUCUACGAAGACUUUCAUCCCUUCUUGCCAAAUCAAUUUGAGAACGACACGGCAUACACGAUCCUGACAUUCGAUGGUUUCAACAAGACCGUCGACGAGUUCUUCUCCUCGGUCGAAGGACAAAGGCUGGAGUCCAAACUCAGUGACCGCGAGGCCGCUGCAAUGAGGAAAUUGGACGCAGCGCGCUCAGAUCAGGCAAAGCGCCUAGAAGGCCUCCAAGAAGCUCAGACGCUCAACUUGCGCAAAGCCGCCGCGAUAGAAACCAAUAUCGAACGUGUCGAGGAAGCUAUGGAUGCCGUCAAUGGCCUGCUUCACCAGGGAAUGGAUUGGGUCGACAUUAAUAAGCUUGUUGAGCGGGAAAAGAGGAUCGGCAAUCCGGUUGCCGAGAUCAUCAAGCUGCCCAUGAAACUAGCCGACAACAUCAUCACUUUAGUCAUAGGGGAGGAAGAAGAGGACGAUCAGGAAGACGAUUUCGACUACGAGACGGAUUCCUCAGAGGCCGAAAGCACCUAUGCCGCCACGGACACGGUUAAACAGGAUCCAGUGGUGAAGCGCCUCGAGGUAGACAUCAACCUUACCCUGACACCAUGGAGCAACGCCAGGGAGUACUACGAUGAAAAGCGGACUGCUGCCUCGAAGGAGCAGAAAACGCUCCAACAGUCCACAGUUGCACUGAAAAAUGCCGAGAAGAAGAUCACCCAAGAUCUCAAAAAGGGUUUGAAACAAGAGAAGGCAAUUCUUCAACCUAUCCGACGGCAGAUGUGGUUUGAGAAGUUCACCUGGUUCAUCUCUUCGGACGGCUACCUGGUCCUCGGUGGCCGAGAUGCUCAGCAGAAUGAGAUACUUUAUAAGCGUUACCUUCGGCGAGGAGAUAUAUAUGUCCAUGCCGACCUUCACGGCGCCUCGAGUGUCAUCAUCAAGAACAACCCAAAAACCCCAGAUGCACCCAUCCCCCCGUCGACAUUGUCUCAAGCUGGAAAUAUGUCUGUUUGUUCUUCUAGUGCCUGGGACUCGAAAGCAAGCAUGUCCGCCUGGUGGGUCAAGGCCGAACAGGUUUCAAAGUCUGCCCCGACUGGCCAGUUCCUUCCAGCCGGAAGCUUCAUGGUUCGUGGGGAGAAGAACUUCCUGCCACCCGCUCCGCUGCUCCUCGGAUUUGCCCUUCUGUUCAAGAUCAGCGAGGAGAGCAAGGCAAAGCAUGUCAAGCACCGGCUCCAUGGCGACUACGACCUAUCGGCGGCACGUGGAUCCGAAUCAGAAGGGCGAGGGCAGGCUGAUGAGGGCCAGCGACAACCACCAGAGGCCGACUCUGACUCGGGUAGCGAGAGUGGGGAUGAUGAAGGAGAGGCGCAGCAGCAGCGCUCAAACCCAUUACAGCCGACUGCUGCUAAGGAGGAUGAGGAAGAGGAUGAGGCGGAGGCGGAGGAUGAACAGGACGAAAGUGCCGAUGAGACUGCGAAAUCCCAUGAACCCCCUUCCGACAAGCUCGCCAGUCUACAAGUCGCGGAUCAGGAGCCCAGACCGACCGUUCCAGAAGUAGAUGCCUCGGCAAAUGACGAAGGAUCCGGCGAGGAACUCUCCUCACCUCGACCCAGUGCCGCAACCCCGUCCAGGGCCGGGACCCCAUCCACAACCUCGCAACCCCAAGGCCAAAAGAAAGGCCAACAAAAACGCGGCCAGCGCGGCAAGGCCAAAAAGAUGGCCGCCAAGUAUAAGGACCAAGACGAGGAGGACCGGGCACUGAUGGAGUCCCUCAUCGGUACGGCCGCCGGCCGCCAGAGGGCCGAGGCAGAAGCGGCGGCCAAGGCCGCGCGCGAGGCCGAGGCGGCGGCGGCGCACGAGCGGCGGCAGCGGCAGCAGGAGCGGGCCAUGAGGGAGACGGCGGAGCACGAGGAGAUGCGCCGCGUCAUGAUGGACGAGGGCGUCGACGUGCUCGACGACGCCGAGGCGGCCGAGGCGACACCGCUGGACGCGUUGGUGGGCACGCCGCUGCCCGGCGACGAGGUCGUGGAGGUCGUGGCCGUGUGUGCGCCAUGGGCGGCGCUCGGGAGGUACAAGUACCGGGCCAAGCUGCAGCCCGGCGCGCAGAAGAAGGGGAAGGCGGUCCGCGAGGUGGUGGAGCGGUGGAAGGCCGGCGCGGCGAGGAAGGGCGCCGUCGACGAGACGGCCAGGGACGCGGAGCGCAUGUGGCCCCGGGAGGUGGAGCUGAUCAAGGCGUUGAGGCCCGAGGAGGCGCUCAACUGCGUGCCCGUGGGGAAGGUGAGGGUCAUGAUGGCCGGAGGGUCUGGGGGCGGAGGUGGUGGAGGGGGCGGCAAAGGGGGCAAGGGGGGUGGGCAGGUGAAGGGAGGUGGGAGGGGAGGAAGGGGGAGCAAGAAGAAGUAG